AUGGACUACGAGAUGGACAUCGAGCCCACCGGGCCCCAGGUCACAGUGCGCGAGGCCGAGCCCUACCGCGUCGACUUCAAACUCACCUCCGUGGACCUCGCCUUCGCCAACUCCCUGCGCCGCGUGAUGCUCGCCGAAAUCCCGACAAUGGCCAUCGACCUCGUCGAAGUUGAAAAGAAUUCCUCGGUGCUUCCGGACGAGAUGCUCGCCCACCGCCUCGGUCUCAUCCCGCUCAACUCGAAAAACUGCGACCAGGACGUCGAGUACACCCGCGACUGCGAGUGCGAAGACCACUGCUCCCGAUGCUCCGUCACUCUUUCGCUCCAUGCGCGCUGCACGGGUGACGAGAUUAUGCGUGUCUAUGCGCGGGAUUUGGUCGUUGCCGGGGAGCGCGCGAAUGAGUGGGUGGGGAGUCCAGUUAUCACGGAUCCAGAGGGGAAUGGCCCGCUUAUUUGCAAGCUGAGGCGCGGGCAGGAGCUUAAGAUGACUUGUAUCGCGAAGAAGGGGAUUGCAAAGGAGCAUUCGAAGUGGGCGCCUACGGCCGCGAUUGGGUUCGAGUAUGAUCCGCAUAACAACCUGAGGCAUGUGGAUUACUGGUACGAGGAGGAUCCGAUCAAGGAAUGGCCCGUCUCCCAAAACGCCGCCUGGGAACACGCCGCAGCCCCCGACCAACCCUUCGACUACGACGCCACUCCCGGCAACUUCUACCUCGACAUCGAAAGCAUCGGCAACCUCGACCCGGACAUGAUUAUCCAACAAGGCAUCAUCGUAUUGCAACGUAAACUCGCCUCCGUCAUCUCCUCUCUCUCCGGCACGGGCGAGGGCGCUGACCGCAACGGCGUCCCCGACGAGGACAUGAUGGGCGUGCGCAGUCCAGACGCCUACGAGCCGCCUGAGGGUAUCGACGGCGGAUUUACAGCGUAUGCGAAUGGUGGCGGCGCAAGUGCCUGGGGUGCUAGCGCGGCGACGCCGUACGGGGCUACGCCUUACGGAGGUGGCGGAUACGGCUUCUGA